AUGUCGCUGAACGACUACCUCUCCGGCCUCCUCAGCGAUUCAAACUCGACGGAGCAAUGGGAGGCGUACCUAUCGACGGCGCCGGCGCUUGAGGCUGAAUCUGACGAACACAUCCUCCUAGAUCGCACCCCCUGGCCAACGGUUCACUCGUUGCUGGGAAUUGACGCCGGCUCAAAUGGGAUCGUUGAGGACUUGUCGCACAUUAGUCUCGAUACCCCCGAACCCGAACCCCAACCUGAAACUGAACCGGAACCGGAGGGGGAUGCAUCCGCCCUCGUCGCACGCUUACACGCGCACCUCUCUCCAGGCGCUUACGUCCACCUCAUGGAGGUGCUUGCGUCGGGGCGGAGCAAUGAGGAGAUCCAGAGUGAUCUGGUGGAGAUAUUGGGAUUCGAGGGGGAGGGGUUUGCGCUCGUCCAGGAUAUCUUAAGGCCGGGUGUGCGGAGGGACGUUAUUGCUGCUGAGAAAGGAGGCAAGCGCAAACCAGCCAAGGUCGUCCAAAAUAAACGCCGACCCAAUAAAAUCGACAUUACCGAUGUGAUCGGCACGCCAGAGGAUAUCGAGCGGCGUAUCCAGGAGCAACUAAACCGCCCCAAAGCGAUGUUCGCCGAGGAGGGCAGGCAACGCGUCCCGCAGGCCACAGAGCAGCUCCCUAAUGUCUUCACAAGCGGCGGAACCGUGUCGGCCAACAUGAGCUACGGGGGCAAGCUCGCCCUGCCCGUUGGCACCGAGCGUGAGCAGUUCGACACUUUUGAGGAAGUCAUCAUACCUCCGCCGCAGGCUAUCCCUCCCAAGCUGAACGAGCGACCCAUCAACAUCUCGGAGCUGCCAGAGCUCGCUCGCCGGUGCUUCCCUGGUUACAAGGAGCUUAACCGGAUGCAGAGCGUGGUGCAGCCCACCGCGAUGGGGACGAACGAGAACAUGCUCGUAUGUGCGCCCACAGGUGCGGGUAAGACGGACGUCGCGAUCAUGAGCAUCCUCCGUGUCCUCAUGGCCCACGUUCGCCCACAGAGAGCCGGGAAUCAUCAUCCCUCGGGAUUCAAUAUUGAUAGAGACGCGUUCAAGAUCAUUUACGUCGCGCCGAUGAAGGCACUCGCGGCCGAGAUUACGCGCAAGUUUGGCAAGCGCCUUAAGUGGCUCGGGAUCAAGGUCGCCGAGCUCACGGGCGACAUGCAGAUGACCAGGCAGGAGAUCAACGAGACCCAGAUCAUCGUUACUACGCCCGAGAAGUGGGAUGUUGUCACGCGCAAGCCGACGGGCGAGGGCGAACUGGCCUCUAAAGUCCGCCUCCUCAUCAUCGACGAGGUGCAUCUCCUGAACGAAGAGCGUGGUGCUGUCAUCGAGACGAUCGUGGCGCGUACCCUCCGACAGGUCGAGUCCAGCCAGUCCCUCAUUCGCAUCGUCGGUCUGAGUGCCACGCUGCCCAACUACGUCGACGUUAGCGACUUCCUUCGGGUCAACCGCUACCAAGGCCUGUUCUUCUUCGACGGCUCGUUCCGCCCCGUGCCACUCCAGCAGCACUUCAUCGGUGUUAAAGGCAAGGCGCGCAGUUUCACCCAAAUGCGCAACAUGGACCAGGUAGUAUUUGACAAGGUUGUCGAGAUGGUGCGCGAGGGGCACCAGGUCAUGGUGUUCGUACACGCACGCAAGGAAACGGUCAAGACUGCGCAGAAACUGCGCGAGAUGGCAAUGGAGGAAGGUGAAAUUGACGCGUUCGACACCCAUGACCACCAGCGGUUCCAGUUACACCGACGCGACAUCGCUACGUCGCGCAACAAGGAGAUGAAGGAGCUGUUCGACUACGGCUUCGGCAUCCACCACGCUGGCAUGCUGCGCUCGGACCGUAACAUGAUGGAGCGCAUGUUCGAGGACCAGUCGAUCAAGGUGCUGUGCUGCACGGCGACACUGGCGUGGGGUGUCAACUUGCCCGCACACGCGGUCAUCAUCAAGGGCACGCAGGUGUACGACUCGAGCCGCGGUGCCUUCGUCGACCUCUCGGUUCUGGACGUGUUGCAGAUCUUCGGCCGUGCUGGUCGUCCGGGAUACGAGACCAGUGGUGUUGGUUACAUCUGCACGACACAGGACAAGCUCGAUCACUACCUGUAUCAGAUCAUGUCGCAGCACCCGAUCGAGUCCAAGUUCAUCCCUGGCAUGGUCGACGCGCUCAACGCCGAGGUGUCUCUCGGCACAAUCGCCAAUGUGCGCGAGGCCAUCAGUUGGAUCGGCUACACGUAUCUGUUUGUUCGCAUGCGCCGCGAGCCUUUCAUCUACGGCAUGUCGCAUAAUGAGCCGCGCGAUGACCCGCAGCUCGGCAACAAGCGCAGCGAGCUUGUCACGCAGGCUGCACGCCAGCUCACGCUCGCCAAGAUGAUCCGCUUCGAUGAGCUCUCGAACUCAUUCACCAUCACCGACCUUGGUCGCAUCGCCGCACGCUACUACCUGCGCCACCAGACCGUGGAGGUGUUCAACAAGGAAUUCAAGUCCAACAUGAAAAACGCGGACAUCUUCGGCAUGCUCUCACAGGCGACCGAGUUCGAGCAGAUCCAGGUCCGUGAGAACGAGAUCGACGAACUCACCAACAUCAUGAACUCAGACAACUGUCCUAUGGAGGUCAAGGGUGGAGCGACUAACAAGCACGGCAAGGUCAACAUUCUGUUGCAAGCGCACAUCUCUAAGGUGUUUAUUGAGGACUUUGCGCUCGUGUCCGACUCGGCGUAUGUCGCGCAGAACGCCGGACGAAUUAUCCGUGCUCUUCUAGAGAUCGCGCUCAGCCGUAACUGGGCUAACUGCGCAUUCCUGCUUAUCGACCUGAGCAAGGCCAUUGAGCGUCGCAUGUGGCCGUACGAGCACCCGCUGCAGCAGGUCUCGUUGCAGCGCGACACUCUAUACAACCUGCGUCGCUGGGCGGACGACACCGAGAUUUCGGAGCUCCGCGACAUGGACGCCAAGGAAAUUGGCCAGAUGGUUCACCUGAACGAGCACCACGGAAAGGCGCUGCGCGCCGCUGCGAUGGAGUUCCCGACCGUCGGCGUGCAGUAUGCGCUGCGUCCGCUCGCGAACGACCUUCUCGAGAUCGCCGUAACCGUCGAGCCAACCUUCAAGUGGAGCAACAAGGUAUCCGGUACGGCCGAGCCGUUCUACGUUUGGGUACAGGACGCAGACGGUAUCAACAUCCUGCAGUGGCGCAACGUGCUUCUCCGCCCGUCCACCAAGAGCGUGGUCAUUGAGUUCGUCAUCCCCUGGACGGCGGACACGCAUGCGUCGCUCUCGAUCGUGACGGCGUCCGACAGGUGGCUGGGCUCGGACUCACAGACGCACGUCGACCUGAGCAACCUGGUCAUGCCUCGGCCCUUCGACGACCACACGCCCCUUCUCGAUCUGCCGUUCCUGACGCUGGCAGCCCUCGAUGACAUCGAGCUCGAACAAGCGUACCGCCCUGUGUCGAUGCUCAACGGCCUCCAGUCCCAGGCCUUCUGGAGCGUAUAUCACACGCAGCACAACGUGCUUGUGUCGGCUCCUAUCGCGAGCGGCAAGAGCCUGCUCGCCGAGCUUGCGCUAUGGCACGCGUUCAGACAUACCCCCAGCGCGCUCUGCGUCGUUGUUGUGCCGCACUUCCGUGCCGCCGCCGAGGCCGCCGCGCGCAUCCGCACCGUGGUGCCUAAGAACCGAGCUAUCCGCGUCGCGAAUGUGCGUACCUCUGAGGCGUUUCAGAGCGCCGUGGCGGUCAAGGGCGGGCGCAUCGUCGUCGCCACUCCGUCGGCGUUCGACGGCAUCUCCCAGGAGCACCUCCGCCAGCUCGCUGUAGGUGACCUCUCCACAGUCGUUUUCGAGGACCUCCAUCUGCUCGACGCUGUUUACGAGCUCACCGCCACCAAAAUCCUCUCCGCAGCGCGCCCUGCUCGCGUUCGUGUCGUGGGCCUCGCCUGCUCCUUGAGCAAUCCUUCAGACGUGUCGAACUGGCUUGGCGUCGAAGAGCAGUUCCGUUUCAACUUCCUACCACGCGACCGCGGCUCACCAGUUGUUGUCCAACUCAAGACCUUUACGACACCGCACAGCGCGACGCUCCUCAAGACUAUGGUCAAGCCGGUGUACGACAUUGUCAAGGAAGCCCCAGGCAACGUUGUCGUCUUCGUGCCCUCCCGGGCGGCAUGUCAGACGGUGGCGCGUGACCUCGUCACGCAGUCUGGAACGGAGAUGGACCUGAACGGCUUCCUGAACGCUCAGCGCGCCGAUGUCGAACCGCUCGUCGCCGACCUCGAGUCGAGACUACAGGAGCCCCUCCUCUAUGGCAUUGGGUACAUCGUGCCGACAAUGCGAGGGGCGGACAUCGCCCGCGUGCUCGAGCUCUUUGCCUCUGGUAUCAUUAAAGUGCUCAUCGCUCCGCGCGAGGCGUGCUGGACCCUCCCAGUUCGGGCCUCGAGUGUAGCCGUCAUGGGUGCGCAGUACACUCACGUGAGUGGCGACGAGCGCAUGACCACAAACUAUGGGCGACACGAGCUCGUGCAGAUGCAGGCAUUCGCUGUCGCGUCGGCACAUCCAGCUGCUCCUGGCGGACGUAUGCACGUUCUCUGCCAGGUGGAGCAGCAGACGUCCAUCUCGCGUCUCCUGGCAGACGGACUACCGCUCGAGUCAGGUCUCCCCUCAGUCUUGAGGCGCGACGUUUCGCCAACCCUGACGGUGGGCGGUAGUAGUAACGCUGAAGCCGUCCGCGUCCUUGAGACCAUGUUCAAGGCGCGACCGGCUCCACCGCCGCCCGCCCCGCAUCGCCCGCGGGUGCCGGACCUACGCAAGCGCGACGCGAUGGACAUGAUCGGCUGGACACUGCUUGGCCGCCGGGUCCGAGCAAAUCCCACGUUUUACGGAAUGUUCGAGGGCUCUGAGGCCGAGGGCCUUAGUCGGAUGGUCGACGCGUGGUUCGCUCUCCCUCCACAGGAGACCAAGAAGAAGGAGAAGAAGCAAGUUGAGGAAGUGAAGGAGGUGGUCGAGGUUGAAGUGCCGGGGCCGGUCGAGGACGCGUUCGUCAUCGAAGAGAUGAACUAG